AUGGCGGAUGAGGAUAUCGCCAGUCACUAUGAGGUCCUGGAGGAGCUGGGACGCGGCAGCUUUGGUGUGGUGUACAAGGGCAUCGAGAAGGCAACAGGCGAGGUGGUUGCCAUCAAACAUAUUGAUCUCGAGUCCAGCGAUGAUGAUAUCCUGGAGAUCCAGCAGGAGAUCUCAGUCCUCAGCACGUGCGCGAGCCCCUUCGUCACCCAGUACAAGGCAAGCUUCCUGCGAGGGCACAAGCUAUGGAUCGUCAUGGAGUUUUUGGGCGGAGGCUCAUGUCUCGAUUUGCUGAAAGCAGGCAAUUUCGAGGAGACCAACAUUGCCAUCAUCUGUCGCGAACUGCUGCUGGGUCUCGAGUACCUCCAUGCCGAGGGCAAGAUCCACCGUGACAUCAAGGCUGCGAAUGUCCUGCUCGCAGAGAACGGAAAGGUGAAGCUGGCCGACUUUGGCGUUGCUGCGCAACUCACCAAUAUUAAGUCGCAACGGAACACCUUCGUAGGUACACCGUUCUGGAUGGCACCCGAGGUGAUCGAGCAGGCUGGCUACGGCUUCAAAGCCGAUAUCUGGUCGCUGGCCAUCACGGCGAUGGAGAUGGCCAACGGCGAACCGCCCCUGGCAAACAUCCACCCCAUGAAGGUCCUCUUCCACAUCCCAAAGAACGCCCCCCCCAAGCUCGAAGGCCCCUUCAGCAAGUACUUCAAGGACUUUGUGGCACGGUGUCUGAAUAAGGACCCGGAUUUGAGGCCGACCGCCAAGGAGCUGUUGAAGCACAAGUUCAUCUCCGGCGCCGGCAAGGUGGAGGCGCUGCAGGAGCUCAUCGACCGCAAGCACAUGUUCGAUGCCCAGCAGACUAGAAGGCUGCAUCCCGUCUACUACCAAGAGACCUUGCAGACCCUUUCACACAAGGACGAUUCAGAGGAGUGGACUUUUGACACAGUAAAGUCAAUCGCACCGGCCCCGCCACCACCACCACCAAAGGACGCACCCAGGGAUAAGCGAACCCCUUCACCCACAACAGAGAAUCCCGAGAUGCGGAAAGUGGACCUCAGAGAUGCACCACUCAUCGAGGUCUCACCUGCGCCCACCACCAUGCGAAAGACCACCGUCCGACAGGUCUCAGGCCUGCUCGAGCGACGGCGAUCGAUUGUUCAGGUCGAUGGGAACGGCUCACCAAGAUCGUCUGUCAUUGCUCGCCAGCCCCUGCAGAUGGACAUGUCGUAUGGCAAUAUGGGUUCUUCUGCACGCCCCUUCAGCCGGGUCCCAUCUGGCGACUCAGAGUCGUCUGGACAGUCGACCAGCACGACCACGUCCGGUGGGUCCAACGCCGAAAACCGCGACCCCCGCAGGCAGGCCUCUACCCCUGAGCUUGCAAGCAAGGAGGCAGUCCUUGGCCACAGACUAUAUACCAAGGCUCUUGAGCCCACGCUGGCAGAGGUCUACGCGCAGACGUCCGGCCCGAAGAAGCGGGAGGCCCUGGCCCAGCUGACAGAAGCCUUUGAGAACCUUGACUCUGUCGACCCGGAAGGCGCCUGCCAGCUGAUGCAGGGGCUUGUCGCCGCCAUGGCGAAAGACAGAAAGCUCGCGCCAGCCAUCAUGAAGAGCCCCGUCCUACAGAAGGCCCCAGAAGGCUUCACGUACGGGACCGUCAUCAACAUGAACAAGCAGCUCUCUGCGCCCAAUAGCCCGGCGAGGCCCGCCAACCGCAGGCGUAGAGACAGCGCAGUCCCCGAGAGCGCCCCAGCCACGCCCUCCAGGGGCGGCAAGUCGGACGAGAGCAGACUGCGCGAGCUUGAGAAGGCCGCCCUCGAGGCGCGCUUCCCGGGCCGCGAGGCUAUGCCCGGCAUGGAGCACUGCAAGCAGCUAUCCGAACAGCUGUACAGUCGCUGGGUUGGUGGCCUGCAGAUGCGCUGGCCUGGUGUUUCGAACGGCCAUUAA